UCAGAUGCUCUCACUCCGGAAAAAGCAUGAGAAAGGUUAGCCCUAUCAAGGAAAGCAUCUUCUUCUAGAGAACUCCUCUCUCUCUCUCUCUCUCUCUCUCUCCAUAGUCGGAAAACUCCAGAUUUUACUGAUAACCGAUUCGAAACCAUGACUGAGAAAAACCCAUCAAGAAAAUACAUGUACCCACGUCAAAAACUACUUGUGAUGUACAAUAGUUGAUCUACAAAUUUGUCAAGGAAGAAUAGAAAAAAGGAUCUGCAAGAAUGGAGUCUCGAAUUGAAUGCAUAUCAUCCACUGAUGGCAUUGAUGCGGAUCAGGUCCCCCACCCCCAUACUUACUCUAAGUUUUCAUCUUCCAAGCCAUCUAGCAUUAAUAAUCUCAACAGUGUGGUGAUUCAUCCAGGCUCCAGUGUCCAUGAGCUUCUUGAAUGCCCUGUUUGUACCAAUUCUAUGUACCCUCCUAUCCACCAGUGCCACAAUGGACACACACUCUGUUCCACCUGUAAAGUACGGGUUCACAAUCAAUGUCCCACUUGUAGACAAGAACUUGGUGAUAUUCGAUGUUUAGCGCUUGAAAAAGUUGCAGAAUCACUUGAACUUCCUUGCAAGUAUUUCUCCCUCGGAUGCCCACAAAUCUUACCGUACUACAGUAAGUUGAAGCACGAGGUGGUUUGUAAUUUUAGGCCUUACAAUUGCCCAUAUGCUGGCUCGGAGUGCUCAGUAGUCGGGGAUAUACCAUACCUGGUCUCUCAUUUGAGAGAUGAUCACAAGGUAGAUAUGCACUCCGGUUGCACAUUCAAUCACCGCUAUGUUAAAUCAAAUCCUCAAGAUGUGGAGAACGCUACAUGGAUGCUGACUGUUUUCCAUUGUUUUGGCCAGUAUUUCUGUCUUCAUUUUGAAGCUUUUCAACUUGGUACGGCUCCUGUUUAUAUGGCAUUUCUUCGAUUCAUGGGAGACGAAGUGGAGGCUCGAAACUACAGUUAUAGCUUGGAGGUUGGGGGGAAUGGCCGGAAACUUAUCUGGGAAGGCACCCCACGGAGCAUUCGGGAUAGUCAUAGAAAAGUUCGGGACAGCCAUGACGGCCUCAUUAUACAGCGUAAUAUGGCACUUUUUUUCUCGGGAGGAGAUGGAAAAGAGCUUAAGCUUCGUGUAACAGGGCGAAUAUGGAAGGAACAGCAGAAUCCAGAUGGUGGAGUGUGCAUACCAAAUCUUUGCAGUUAAAUGCUGCUUUGUUUUAUUUUUAUUUUAUUUUUUACCCGUUCAUGUCGAACUUUCUGUUAACUGUUAUUAGUGGUUCGAUAUGUUUAAUGUUGGCAAGAAAUGUAUGUAUAUGUUGUGGAGGUUUCAGCUCUUAUCAAUAAGCUUUUAUUUUUGAAA